ACAAGCUCCCGUGCUCUCCAAUUCCGAUCUCGCAAACAAGAAAAUUCCCCGGGAAGAAAAAAAAAACAAACAAACAAAGAGACGCGAGGGCAAGAUCGCGAGAGAUUCCACGUACUCGUGCCCCGCCCCCAAACCCCAAGCAGGACCAUGGAGGGGGUUAGUUUGAGAUUGGGGUAUCUGUUGGUCCUAUGUAUCUUGACCUUCUUGCGCCCUGCUGUGGCUAUUCGCUUUGUGAUUGAUAGGGAAGAGUGCUUCUCUCAUAAUGUUGAUUAUGAAGGGGAUACAGUUCAUGUAUCCUUUGUUGUGAUCAAGGCAGAUACGCCAUGGCAUUUUACUAAGGACGGCGUGGAUCUUGUGGUUAAGGAUCCCAAUGGUAAUCAAAUCCAUGAUUCCCGUGACAAGAUUACUGAUAAAUUUGAGUUCAUAGUUCAUAAGCGAGGAGUUCACCGCUUCUGCUUCACCAAUAAAUCUCCAUACCAUGAAACUGUAGACUUUGAUGUACUUGUUGGUCAUUUUUCAUAUUUUGACCAACAUGCCAAAGAUGAACAUUUUGGCACCUUGUUCGAGCAAAUUGCAAAGUUGGAUGAAGCCCUCUACAACAUUCAGUUUGAACAGCACUGGUUGGAGGCCCAAACGGACCGCCAAGCAAUAUUAAACGAGAACAUGGGCAGAAGGGCAGUUCACAAGGCACUAUUUGAAUCAGCUGCUCUUAUUGCAGCCAGCGUUGUGCAGGUUUACUUACUACGUCGCCUCUUUGAGCGGAAACUGGGAACAUCAAGGGUCUAAUUCUCUGUAGUAGGUCUCCUUAUACUCACCAACCCAAACUGUGUAUUCCAAUACCGCAUUAUGUGUUUGCAAGAUCUGUUGCAUCCUGUUCACGUAUUUAGCAUUUCUGUCUAGAAUUUUGUAAUUCAAUUGUUGCAGUAUUGUGCGUCAGUAACUUGCCGCCCCAUCAGAUCCAAUUCAGCGUCUUAUAUCUAUCUGCACUUGCAUGCUGGGUCCUAAUGGCCUUGGAAAAAAAAUGAGGCAAGAACUUUUUUUUCUGACAAAGAAUUAAGAACCCAAAAUUUCAGCU